AUGCCCUUGAAUGCCUUUAGAAAGAACUCCAGCGGUAUCUCAUUGUAUCAUCUCCUGCGUACUCCAAUUAUAGCUAUCUCCGAGGAGAAAAAAGAGGUCGUCAUCCCUCUGAGUAAGCCUCAAUCUUCCGUCGCGUCGAAACGCUUCCGAUCGGACGAGAAGCGAUCCACGUGGAAUAAUCUCCUUCUUCGGGAGGAUCCCUCUCCACGCAGAGAUCCUGAAAGAUUUCCGGAUCCAGGUCCUGGAAGGCCAUCCCGUCCUUGCACUCUCCGCCGAUUCGAUUCAAGAAGAACGAGCCGAGUACCACCCAGGCCAUGCUGCAACCGCACUCGAUCGGAUUAUCUGAAAGGCAAAGAAGAGACGCCAAGCACAGCUCAGUUGAGUGUCUUAGAAGUGUCCAAUCUACCUGAGAAUAGGACUUCCGUCGUGAUCAAGAAUCGACUCAAGCAUCUGUCCCUGAACUGUGGUGGAAAAGUUUUGCAUGUCAAUGAUGGAACUGCAUUAUUGAAAUUCUCAUCACCAGACAUUGCAGAAAGGGUAGCGGUUCUCAAACUUGUCUUCGUAUUGGCACACUUUUCAGAUGGUGAGGUAUUGGCAGCACCCCUGCAAAUUCACUGA